GCCGGGGACAGCGAGCAGACCCUACAGAACCACCAGCAGCCCAACGGCGGCGAGCCCUUCCUGAUCGGCGUUAGCGGGGGCACGGCCAGCGGCAAGGAUGGUCAGCAUUAACAAACUGGACCUCCUUUGGAAGCCUCAAGUCUGAACAUUGUGGUACAGGAGGGCCUGGAAGCAAAGUCGAUACUCUACCCCCUGCAUAUUUGCUCUGUGCCUGUUAAAGGAAUUUGGGAGAAGGCAAAGGGCCCAAGGACAUCAACAAAAAAGGACAGUUUUAGAGCUAGAAGGAACCUCAGAGGCCCUGGAGUCCAACACUUCAUCUCAUCACUUACGGAUGAGAAAAUAAUGAAUUCAGAUCAUAUAUUCAUCCCAGCUAUUGGCCUUGUUUAAGAAGAAUUGACUAAGGCAUGCCCGGAGAACACAAGUUUACACCUUCAACCUGGAAAGGGGCUACUUGGAAAUGGCUACAGAAUGGUUUCAGAGUCUUCCGUUUGUGCUAAGAUUGUGCAGCUCCUGGGACAGAAUGAGGUGGACUAUCGCCAGAAGCAGGUGGUCAUCCUGAGCCAGGAUAGCUUCUACCGUGUCCUCACUUCAGAGCAGAAGGCCAAAGCCUUGAAGGGCCAGUUCAAUUUUGAUCACCCGGAUGCCUUUGACAAUGAACUCAUCUUCAAGACACUCAGAGAAAUCACCGAAGGGAAAACAGUCCAGAUUCCUGUGUAUGACUUUGUCUCCCAUUCCCGGAAGGAGGAGACGGUUACCGUCUAUCCUGCGGACGUGGUGCUCUUCGAAGGGAUCCUGGCCUUCUACUCCCAGGAAGUGCGAGACCUGUUCCAGAUGAAGCUUUUCGUGGACACAGAUGCGGACACCCGGCUCUCCCGCAGAGUAUUAAGGGACAUCAGCGAAAGAGGGAGGGACCUUGAGCAGAUUUUAUCUCAGUACAUUACAUUCGUCAAGCCUGCCUUUGAGGAAUUCUGCUUGCCAACAAAGAAAUAUGCUGAUGUGAUCAUUCCUAGAGGUGCAGAUAAUCUAGUGGCCAUCAACCUCAUCGUGCAGCACAUCCAGGACAUCCUGAACGGAGGGAUCUCCAAACGGCAGACCAACGGCUAUCUCAAUGGCUAUACCCCUUCACGCAAGAGGCAGGCCUCGGAGUCCAGCAGCCGGCCGCACUGACCCCCGUCUCCUCAGCCCCUGGCCCCGAUCUCCAAGGGACAGGAGGAGGGGGCAGGAGGCACUGUGCAUCUAUACAUAUGGUUUCCUAUGACAUUGCUGUAUUUAAGAAAACACCAUGGGGAUGAAAUGCCUUUUGUUUUUUUGUUUUUUUUUUUUUUGGUACUUCGGAGCAGCGAAAUGAAACAGAACUUGACCCUGAGCUUAAAUGACAAACUGUGCCAACUACUACUGGUGAUGCCUAAUUAUGACUUCAACGUGUAACCAGUUAUAAAUACAUAUAUAUAUAUAUAGAAAAGGAUCUAUUUUUGUGUAAAUGUACAAAUACUGUACAGCUGUUUGCCGUAAGUAUUCUGCAGGAGGGCCUGUACUUGAGUGUUUUGGGGGCUGGAGCUGGAGUUUCACCAAAGGGAAGUUGCCUGGUGGGUUCCAGGUGGGACAGGCUCAGGCAUCUGGGAGGGAGGCUCACGGCUCGCGGCUCUCACUGUCUGUGGGACUCGUUGGAAGUGGAGUUUGGAACUUUUGAUCACUUCCCUUGCCAGAUGCCACCUUCUCGGUGCUGGAGCUUUAGGAUAAUGUUGAUGAGAGAUCCUCUUUUCUUUUCUGUUUUUUUUUUUUUUUUGAGUUGAAAUUAGGCAAGACCUCAACUCAAAAAUCAAACUCAGGGAAGGGGCCCACUGAGGGGAACGAGUCUUCUGCGUUUUCUUCUUGCCCCUGCCCACCUCUGACUGCUCUGGUAGCUCCACGCUUCCUUCCUGACUCAACCGCUUCUCAGUCUCUCCGAAAGCCAGAGCUGCCUCGCUCUCCUUCCCUGGUGGGGAUGUGAUGGGGUCGCUUCCUGAUUGAGUGGGGAAGGAGGGAGUGGGACUAUGCCUGUCGUAUCGUCUGAGAUGCUGGUGCUUCCCAGGGAGGUCACCCAUGAGAUUCCUUGGGCUGUCCCCCAAGCUGUGGAGUGCACAGUGGACCUUGCAGUCUGGGCUUUGGUUGAGGACCUCUGCUGGCAGCCUGCCCCUCACAGGGUGGCAAGAGAGCUCUGCCGUGUAGGGAGCCUGUAGCUUUUGUUCCCCGAAGCGUGGGGAUUUGCAGCGAGGUGGGGAUAACAGGGACCGUCACUGGCAGCAUCACAGCCACAUUGAUUGACUUAUUUACCAUGCUGCCGUGUCACAUGGCAGCUGCCGGGCACGAGGGGCGGGGAAGGGGAGUGGCGUUUUUAAGUCACAAGUUGGAGUCUUAGGCUGAAAACGUUUGGGGUGGAGAAUUCCAGCUUUUCCAAGGGCUCCCUCUUGGUGAAAACUUCCUUCUUUGCAAGAAGUACAGAUUCCUGAAGAUUCCUGGUGGGGAGGGGUGGAGGAAGCAGGGGACCAAGCGAGAAGGAAGAGGUGUGAUUAUAGAGGCCUAAAGCGUCACCUUUUAACUGCAGAAGAGCCAGAACCUUUUCACCUCAGUGUGGACCAUCUCAGUGCUCGGUAGGCUAUGCCCUUAGUUAUGCCCUUGUGACUGCCACAGCCUGAAACGUUCUGGGGAACCCUUCUCCUUCCAUUGCUUUCAUAGCCCCUUGAGCCAUUCAGAUAAACUGAUGCAGUUAACUCUAGUCACACGGAAGCAAACAGCACCAUGCGGUUUGCUUCCCCUUUUCUGGACUCCAUUUGACUCUUAACUCUGUUGGGCUGUGUCAGAAAGUCAAACCUAAUCCCCAGCAGGGCUCUGCCACCCCUGAGACCUUCAGGAGACUGUGCUGCAGGCUCUGAGGGAGCCCCCCAAGGGCAGCAGCUGCCUGGUUGGAGAAGGGGAGGCUCCCGGGGUGCCUGCUCUGAAGGCCGGUACCUGGCGGGAUGGCCAAGCUCCGGAGUGCGUGUUUCCGAGUCAGUAUUGGUUAUCUUUCCAGUCAUGCCUUGUGCGGUUCUGAGAUGAAGGGCAGAUGGCAGGCCUGGAUUAGGAUCCUGAGGACCCAAGGGUCUCCUGCCUUGUUGGGUGGGGCCUGUCUGUGCUCAGGGGAAGCCCGUCCCUGUCUGGGAGAGCCUCGGCCCUUCGAUGGUAGCAUGGUCAACUUUACUUGAAGCUCCCAGGUGCCAAACCAUUCAGUGCCUUGGCUGUCUAUCCCACUGCCUCGGAAGAUGGAUUCUUCUCAUCUCUGAGCCUUGACUCACUUAGCCGCUUCCUCAUCUACCCAUGGUGUUGGGACCAAGCCUCCAGUGUCUCCGAGAAGCCCUGUCCUCGCUGGAAGCAGCUCUAGGGCUGCCCUGCCUCUGGGUAAAACCAUCACCAAUUCUUGGUGUCUUGGUUGGGGGCUCACUGGGCCGUGCUGACGACUCCUCUGGUUCUGUGACAUAGUACGUCUGGGGCAAGGAGGGGACAGGAAGCUCUGCCUUUGUGUGGUGACCCCAGCGUUUAGCCAACUGAGUAUCUGAAUUUGAGCUUUCUAUGUGGCAAGUCCCGGACUUGGUAUUUUAAGAGUCACUGGAUCUCUGAUUCCAUUGGAGAGUCAGAUAGAGUCAUUAGGCCAGAAAUCAUGACGUGAGUCAUCUGGGUACCCUUUGCUGCCCGGGGAGGCGAUAUGGAUGAGCAGAGCGGGGCAGUGUUGGUCGUGUGUACAUAGGAGUCCCCUGGCUUCAGACGUACCCGGUGGUGCUUGCUUCUCCCAGCUGCGCAGGUGUUGUCCGAGGACCAUGUGUUUAGGGAACAGGCAUUGUGUCAUGGGAAGGCCUGGUCCCAUGCUCCUUCACCCCAGUGGAGCUUCUGCUGCCCUGGGUUUCUUGUUCUUGGGCAGCCUGAGACCAAUAGGAGCAGAGAGAUGGCAGUGUGUGUACGGAAGAUGCAGUGUUGUGACCUCAGGUGUCCUUUGAUUUGGAAUGGUUAGGGUAGGCCCUCAAAGAGGCAGUGGUCUCUGAAGAACAGGCUGGGGAGGGUGGCAGGGAAAGGUCUCCGGUUCACCCUUCAGAACCUGUUGUCUCUGCGGCAACCCACUGUGGUCUUGGCUGCUGGGCAGUCAAGGACACUGGCUUCUUGCCUCUCCUGGGCUGGCUUGGACACUUGUCUCUGUGCCCAGGGUGGGUUGCCAGUCUCAUGAGGCCACUAGGUCAGGCUAAGGCUUGUGUGCGGGAGGGACUGGAGCCCAGCUCGUUUGUGUAUCACCUCCUUUGCUGUCCUUGUGUGGCUUCCCUGAUUUAACAUCCUUGACCUGCACUAGGGCCCGAGGCUAUGGGAGGGAAGUAGUAGCCUCUUGCAGGGAAGUGUUUUCCUCUGCCCUGGAGUCUCCCACCUGCCUGUCCACAACCGUGUGGGCGAGGCAGGCUAGGGAGGUUCUGGGUCCCAGGGCUGGGCUUCUGAGAAGGGCUGACUGGACCUCUCUGCCACUCCUCCCCUUCACCCUGACCUCAGGGUGGAGUGGGGAAAGUCUCGGUGUCCGAGCAAACGAGAGGGAGAGCAGGCUGGGGAAACCAUCGAGGUGAGCCUGGAGCUGAGUCCCCUCUGUUCUUGGUCUCUGGGCCUUCUGCGGCCCUCCCGGGACAGGGGGCUGGUUACAGGUCAGCAUCCGGCCACCCUUAGAGGCAGUGAGUGCCUAGCCAGUCCUGCCUUAGGAACAGGGUGAGUAGGUAAAUAAAGACGUAGGCUUCUUUUUGUCUUUUAGAUGCUUGCGCUUCCCCCUUUUCUUUCUACUGCCCUGCCUUUAUUGUUAGCAGUUACAUAAAUGACCACAUACUCUGUACUUUGCUGUAAAUAAAGACUGAACAGAGAAGAACCCACUCUUGCCUUCUUUGUGGUGCUUGGGCAGGAGGAACAGUGGCUGAGACCAGCGAGCUGAUGGGAAAGUAGCGCCUCCAGGCCUUCGCUGUGCGGAUACGGGCACCAGCCUGCUGUCACUAUGCCUGCCCUCCUGGGCUGCACCCAGGUCACCAUGUGUGCACUUGUGCGUUUCUGCUCUGCUUCCGAAGCCGGGUCAAGGUCCCUGGGAGGCUUCUCUUCGCUGGCUCUGGCUGGCUCGGCUCCCUCUGAGGUCAUCCGGUUUGUGCAGUCUCCUCCCUCCCUGCCCUCCCUUCCCCAUCCCUUCCUCAGCUUUCACAAUAAAAGCCAGAACAAAACCUUCUAAAUAAAGAAAACUUUAUUGGGGUUGGGUGGAGGAAAUCUGACAUUAUGACAAUGGGAACAACUUCAAGUUGAAUACACAUACAUAUAUGUGUGUGUGAUUACCCUGGAUGACUAUAUCUAUUUAGUUUAUAGUCAUACAUCAAUCAAAUGCAGAUAAUCAUCUAUCUCUUGUUACUGAAAGAUCUAGGUCACCCACCACCGAGGAUUUUAAAAUAAUUAAAGUAAUUGGCUUUUGUGCUCUUUGUAGCACCCCUUCCCCCCGGCCCCCCCUUUUCUCAGCUUCCCUUUCAUCCCUUCACCUGCUGCCUCCCAGGCACCAAAUGACCCUCAUUGAUGUGCAGAGUUGCCCUGCUAUUUCCAGCCACUUGUUCCAAGGACAGAGGCAAAUCCUUCAAGGAAUUCAGAUCCAAAAGAACUUGGAUUUAAGAGGAAUCCAUCCUCAGAAGGCCGCUGUGUUUUUACAUAACACUUAGGUGUGUAUUAUCAGGCUCGAUUAUUACCUGCAGGCAGAUGUAGACGUGAGUCAUGGUUGUGCAAGCCGCUUUAGCUGUGAUCCAGUUUGCUCUGUGCAUUGCUCUCACAUUUCCCCUAUCUGUGGACCACGUCUGGAGUUGGAUGCUUUGCUUGGGACUCUGCUCAUUUCUCAGAAUUCAGUUCUGCUUCCUUGUUGUAAUUUGAGGCACAGUUGUGCAGGCCAGUGAAGCCCUUGAGUGAUUUGCUUUGCCUCCCACCCGCCUGUCACAGCAUCCUUUGAGCCACUUUCUGCUCUGCAUCCUGGACUCACCCUUUUGACCAGUGAGUGCUGCUUUAAUCAAACCACAUCGGCUCAGACCGAAAGAAACCUGUUAGGACCUGCAUAAAAGUUUUAAAGACAAGAGGUGGAGAAGGAGACCUAGGAUGUGGGAAAGCUUUGAGAGGAUGGGACCAUAGGGAUUGAUUUCUGUCAUCGUCUGGGGCUGGGGGAUGUUUAGAUUUCUAUUUUAAAGCAGAGUUUAAACACAUUUGCUAAAACCCAGAAUGAAGUUACCCUUCCUGCUAAAUCUUGGGCUAUACCUGCAUAUAUGCUUAUGUAUCUUUUCAAUUACACCGUGAACUAAAAUAACAAACUAGCCAACUGAAUCAAUUUGAGCUAGGACUAAAGAUUUAUCUAGACAUAUCUCCUCAGAUGAACGGAUGGAGCUUAAGGGUGGGAGAACAUGAAACUGUGCCUUACACAAACUCAUUUUUCGCACAGUCCAAUCCAUGCUUGGCAUCCCCUUUUACAAUGAGGAUUUGCUGGGACUAGGUCAGUGGUGCCUGUGAUGCAGGGGAUGAAAAUGGCCUGGGGUUCACCACGGUGUUAAGUGCUGACUGCCCUGGGCCAGGGAAAGCCAGCCUGGCCUCUGCCUUACAAGCUCAUGUGCUUCAUGGGGUUUUAUCUGACAAGCCCAGGAUGCUCUCACUAAGGGAAUUAGAGUUGAGGAUAUUUCCAGAUUCCUCUUUAUCAGUGGGCACCAUGUACAACAUGUGCUUUCUUUUCAGUUCUUGAAAUUUCCCAACUUUCCUGAUAACACUCACAUCAGACUUUUCCAGCCUUCAAACAGUCCUGCAAAGUAUGUAAGGAAUGUGGUCCUGCUCCAGUUCUACCGAGGAAGCUAGGAAGUAGGACAUGCUGUAGGAGGAGGCUGCCUGGUGCGUGUCUGCCAUCUAGUGGUGGAACUCAGUUCUCAACGGGGGUGGGGGGAUGCCUUGGGUUGCUGGACUAAUACUAUUUGCUUGGCUAUCACGGUUUCGAAGAGAAUGGUCAGAGGGCCUAGAAGUCUAACUACUGAUGUGAUUUCUUUUUUUUUUUUUUUUUUUUUUUCCUGGAAGAUCUUUAUUAAAGCCUUCACUAGGGCAGGUAGGAGCAUCAGCUCCUACUUCUUAGUUUCUCUGUUGCUGCAGUCUACUCUAGUGGUUCCCCAAGCUGGCCAUCAUCAUCACCGGGGCUUGAUAAAGACACUACUGUGAUCCACUCCUGAGAAUUCUGAUUCUGUAGGUCUAGGGAGAUCUUUUAUAACAGACUACAGGUGAGUCAGAUGCAUAGGCAGAGUUGAAAACCCAGGACCUUGUGUAUUUAAUCACGUAGACCGUUUAAAUCUGUGAUGUUCACCAGCACUGGGGAGCCCAUUUCUCCCGGAAAUGUCAUCUGUGCUGUUUAAAGCCCUUCGCUGCCUGCAUGGGGACUGGAAAGGGGGAUUAAAGGCUUCUCAGAAGCUCAUUCAAGUCCAGCACUGCCUCUUAGGUUGUAAGACACCCCCCACCACCCCCAAAACCCGGCACCAGGGGACACUAAACUACGGCUGCAUGUCUGCCCUGGGAAAGUUCCUAAGAUGUCCUGGGAGCAGGGCAAGCUUUUAGAAGUCAUCUAGCCCAGUGCCUUCAAGCAUGCUUUUAGUCAUGGAGCCCUUCAUGAAGUCUUCCUUGAAGUCUAAUGUGGAAAGCAGAAAAGCAGCUUCUCCCUUGAGAAUUCUCAGGGUUUUCUUUGAAGCCAUUGAAGUCAAAGCCCUUCAUUUUACAGAUGAGGAACCUAAGGCCCAGAGGCAAAACAACUGGGUCCGGAUCCUACUACUCACUGGGCUGUAGGUCUGCAGUGGACUUGAUUUCAGGGUUUGAAACAAAAGUUCCUCCUCCUGUAGUCCUUUAGAGCUUCUCCAGGGCAGGCGUUGGUGGCAGAAGUUGGGGCGGACCACUGCCAUUGGACUGAUUCUUUUUGGCAGCUACAGGAAGAAGGACCUGGGUGGGUGGAAGGCAGGAGAAUGAAGAGAGAGAAUCGAACAUCUUUUAAAAAUUGUAUUUGGUUAGUUGGGGGUCAGCUGAGUUCUGUAAAAGGGAUUCCACCUUCUGCUCAAUGAUUUCAGUGUUGUCUGGCUUCAAGUCAAAGGGAGACUUCAAGCCUGUUGGGCGAAAUCACUGUGGAGUUGACAGAUCUAGUGUAAAUGUUGACUCUUUCACGUAACGGCUAUGUGGUCUUGUGCAGGCUGUACUCUAGGGAUAAGGACCCCUGCUUUGCUCAGUGUUGAAUGAGAGCUUGUACACAGGCAGGACUGCCUGCGUGUAAAGUGUCCAGGGAGUGGCGGCUGUCCUUAUACUCUUAGUAAUUGGACUGCAGUGGGUGAGACUGAGUUCCUAAAACGCUUUUUCUUAGUAGCUCAGGGCAUCUGGGAGAGGCUGGCUGGCUUGGGGAAUAAUUCCUAAACCAGAUUUCUCUGUAGCUACUGCUGGAGCCCUGCCCCAGGGCUAAUCUCAGAGUUGCUGGAGGAGGGUUUAGCAAAACCACAAUAGGGUAUUUUGAUGCAAAGACCAACCCAAUAGUUUCAGAGAUUUAGCCCGCCCCCAGGGCUAUGAGCCUCCCAGGCUGAAACCCACCCAUUUCUGGCCCUCUUGUUGACCCUGACACCUCCCAGGGGUGUGUGAGGCUCAGAGAUGGGAGUUGGAUUCGGGGAUGGAAUAAGGAAGGAUACCUGUUGUACAUAUCAUUUAGUUAUUUUAAAUGGAUCCAAAUACUUGAUGAUGUGCUUUUUAGGACCUCAAAAUGGUGAAUAUCCAGAAGCCUUGGCACCAAAACAAAGGGGUCAGAUAUUUUGUUCUCUUGUUCUAUAGCUGAAGAUUCUGUCUGUGGGGCAAACAAGCUGAGGGGGCACUGGGCCUCUCCAGUGGGACAGCCUAUGUUGUCCUAGCAGCCCCUUCAGGGUUAGGGGUCCCCCCUGGUACUCCAGCCAAUGAACGUGCCUUGUGUUUCUUGAUUAGGCUUUUCAGUCUUUUUUUGUGCCAUGGACCCCUCUAGCAGUCUAAGGACACCUGUCAGAAUAAUGUUUUUACACGUAUGA